CGGGGCGGGGGCGCGCUGAUAGGGCGAGGGCCGGGGAGCUCCGCGGGGCGCCGCGAGCCCGGGCGCGGCGGCGGCACCGGGGCUGGAGCCGGAUGCGGAGCCGGGCGGCGCCGGGCGCAGGUACUCAGAGGUGUGAGCCCGCGGGAUUUUGGCAGGCGACUGUCUUCGUAGCGGGCCCCUGCGAGCGCGGCGGAGCUAAACCCUUUACGGAACUAAAUGCGGUAACACUAAUCCCCUGGAAACGGUCACCUGGGCCCCGCGAGAUGGAAAGAGGCUUUGCUGCUCUGAGUAACGGCCCUGGCAAGAACAUUAACUCACUUUUCUUUGGAAAUGAAAAGUACUUCUCCGGGAGAGUUUAAGGGAUUAGGUGCCAGCUGGAAUAUUAAGAUAUUCCAUGGAGAGCUUCCUUCGUGCCACAUCGUCUGUAAGCGCUAGUAUCGCCGCUUGCUGCAGUGUCAUCUGAGACCGUGGGAGCCGGCCGCAGCGAUGGGGGACUCUCCCGCUGAUGCCGUGGAUGGAGGCACAGACACCUGCAAAGACACGCAGACUGAACUGGCAGAGCGGGUGGCAGCCAUAGAAGUGGCUGUUGGCCUGGACAGAAGUGACCAAAAUGGUGAAGACACCAGUGAGGAAAAUGACACAGUUUUUUCUGAUAACGUUAAAGACAUCCAAAGAAAUGGAGUCAACAGUGACAUGGGAAUGAAUGAAUGCCUACCUUCCCAGGGGCCAGAAGAUGCUCACUGGAGGCAUGUUCCCAAGAGACCUCCCACUAGACCUGUCCUAUCAAGUAGGAAGUUGUCUCUUCAGGAAAGGCCAGCAGGAAGUUAUUUGGCUUCUAGCAACACUCCAGGUUAUGGUCCCUAUGCCACAGGGCCAUCGCCACGUAUAAUGAGGCGACCAACGAUAGAGUCGAAUCGGGUCUCCAUCUCGGAUGCGGAGGACUGCGUGCAGUUAAACCAGUACAAGCUGCAGAGCGAGAUAGGCAAGGGCUCCUACGGCGUCGUGAAGCUGGCCUACAACGAGGACGACGACAAGCAUUACGCUAUGAAAGUCCUCUCCAAAAAGAAGCUCUUGAAGCAGUAUGGAUUUCCACGUCGGCCUCCUCCUCGAGGGUCAAAAGCCGCCUCCGGAGAGCAGCCGAAGCCGAUGGCACCGCUAGACAGAGUCUAUCAGGAAAUAGCCAUCUUGAAGAAGCUGGACCAUGUCAACAUCGUUAAACUGAUAGAGGUCCUUGAUGAUCCAGCAGAGGACAACUUGUACAUGGUGUUUGACCUCCUGAGGAAAGGGCCCGUCAUGGAGGUGCCCUGCGAGCGGCCCUUCGGCGAGGAGCAGGCACGGCUCUACUUCCGAGACAUCGUCCUGGGCAUCGAGUACUUGCACUACCAGAAGAUCAUUCACCGGGACAUCAAGCCUUCCAACUUGCUCUUAGGAGAUGACGGGCACGUCAAAAUAGCUGAUUUUGGAGUCAGCAAUCAGUUUGAAGGGAACGACGCCCAGCUUUCCAGCACGGCGGGGACACCGGCCUUCAUGGCACCAGAGGCCAUUUCGGACACUGGCAAAAGCUUCAGUGGAAAGGCACUUGAUGUAUGGGCCAUGGGGAUUACCCUGUACUGCUUUGUUUACGGGAAGUGCCCUUUUAUAGAUGAAUACAUCCUGGGUCUUCAUAACAGGAUCAAGAACAAGCCCGUGGAGUUCCCAGAAGAACCCCAGAGAAGUGAAGAGCUCAAGGAACUGAUCCUACGCAUGCUUGAUAAAAAUCCAGAAACGAGGAUAACAGUCCCUGAGAUUAAGCUGCAUCCAUGGCUAACCAGGAGUGGCGAGGAGCCGCUGCCGCUGGAGGAAGAGCACUGCACUGUGGUAGAGGUGACGGAGGAGGAGGUGAAGAACUCGGUCAAGACCAUCCCAAGUUUGCCAGCUGUGAUCCUCGUGAAGGCCAUGCUAAGAAAACGCUCCUUUGGAAAUCCAUUUGAGGUUCAGACCAGACGGGAGGAGAGGUCCAUGUCUGCUCCGGGAAACUUGCUGAUAAAGCAAGGGAGCAGAGACGGCGCCAGGGACCCGGAGCUGCCGGACGUGUGCGAGGACGAAGCCGCCCCGUGAGGCCGCGGGGCCGUCGCCGGCCGGCCGCUCCGGACCGUCGUCACCGUCGUGCUGUUGUCUGGCGGGUGUCUGCCCUCGUCGCCGGCGAAGCCCAAGCGAGACGGACCGACCCGGGAAGCCCGGAGAGGAGCCGCGAUACGGAGAGGAGCGAGGCCGGGGUGCUGGCACGGCUCCUCUCGCUCUGCGCCUCGCCCGGGGCUUCGCAGCCGGCUGUCCCCACCGAGGAACAUGUUUUCUUUUGUAACGCGGCAAACCAAACCUCGUCUCAUCGUGGGUCGUUUGCCCCGGAGACAGUUUGGCUUUUUUAUUUAUUUUUUCCUGCUUUUUGCGUUCUCGGUUUCAAGCAUCAGGAAAAAAAUUACGCCGGAGCCGGGUCGUCUGUCGGCUGGUGGGUGACGGUGGCGCUUGGUGCCUGGGUAGAGCCUGGGGUAGCAGGACGCGCUCCUGUUCCCGUCCGCGUCGGUGGGGAGUUUUCCAUUGGCAUCAGCUAAACGAGGGCGAGAUCUCCCAUUUGGAGUCAACUUUAUCGCUCUCUGUGCUUUUCUCCCUCUUUUUUUUCCCUUCUCUUUUUAUCACUGGGUUUGCUCAGCGUGAACCCCGCUGGAAUCGGUGGCUUUAUUGGGGGCGGCGUCAUAAAACAGAAGCGAUGGGGACGUUGCCUGGGACGUGCAAUGAGCCCCGGAUGUCCCCAAGGUCUGAGCCGCUCUGCUGUUGCCCGUGAGGGCUCAGUGCACCGAGGACAUUUGCUAAUGAAAGGUGGUGGUCCCAAAAAGCCGGGAUUUGACCCCAUCAGCUGGGCAUGGCCCUGUGCGUGUGGAAGUCAUGCUCAGCACUGGAAAGAAGUGGCAGAUUUGGGGUUUAUUUCAUUUAGAAAAUGAUUUCCUUUCCCUCGCUUAUCUCUUAGCCCCUGGAAAAGGAGGUACCUGAUGCUUUUAAAUUCUGAUUUACUGAUAAAAUGGCUCAAACUGGGAGAGAUCUCUGUAUGGAGAAAGUUGGUGGAGGGUUUUUAGACUUCAGAAAACUACAGAACACGAAUGAGUUUGAAUCAAAACUUGAUCUUUUUUUUUAAUACUUUGAUUUUUAAUUUUAUUUUAAGAUGUUAAUUUUUUUUUUACACUUGCUGAUGCUGCUAUUUUAUGUGUAGACCGCUUCUAAACUCAGGAUUAGAAGCUUCAUCUCUACAUCUUGACGUCAGGUGAGAGAUUGCACUUAAAGGGCAAAUGCAAACAUUGCAGUGGCUGAUGGCUACGUAGAAAAUUGAGAAUUCAACUCUUGCACUCAGUAAAAAAUCAGUGAUAUCAGUCACUCAAAAUAUGUGUCGAUAUUUUCCCUUAAGCUUUAUGGGGCCCGAGAAGCCAAAGGGAAUGGGAUUGAGUCCUUGUUUUAUAGCACUUAAAUAAAGGACGUGACUAAACUUGGUUCCUACGUAACCAUCUUAUUGUCGUCCUUGAGGUUCGCCCGGAGGGCCUGGGGCUCUGAGCCCCCUUGCUGCAAGGGCAUAGGUGUCGGAGGAGCAUCGGUGGCGAUGCCCAUCCUCGUUUUCCCCUUUUACCUGCUAUAAUCUGGUUCAGUUCCCAAUGUUUUUGUAGCUGGGUGUUGCUGCCGGCGCCUCCCUGUCCGUCCCCUCGGAGUUUCUGCUGCAGUGCCGGAGGCUCGGACGAGGCUGCCAGCCCGGGCUCUGCCCCACGCCUCGCCCCGAAACAGGAGCCAAGCCUCAAGGUUUGCGAGCCGGCGCUGCGAUUGCUGUGGCUUGUUAAGGAGACCUGUCCCCAGGGCUCGUCGGCCGGCGGCGAGGAGGUGAGGCUGGCGGGGAGGAAGGCUGAGCUGGCGCCGGGCAUCUGAGGUCGAAGUGAUGCUCGGGCAGUGCUCCAAGAGCUCAGCUUAAGGCUGCAAACGUGGUUUUCUUUAUUGCCAAUUUAAUAUAGGGCAACGACAACUUGGGGAGGGAGGGAGGGAGGGAUAGGCUUUGCAAAUCCAGCCUGUUGUCGGGGUUAUUGUAGUCAUGUUUCAUGGGGUUCGUGGGAGCCACCUGUGUCACCUCAGUGCCGGCAGAGAGACGUCUUGGGUUAGCCGCAAAUCACACGGUAGCCGACAGUAUAGAUGAACCUGCUCAAGGGGCUUUCAUUUUCAGUAGGCUUUCGGUCUCUCCUCCUUUUGGGGAGCCUUUGCAAAUUGCAACUUCAAUUAGUGAAACCAAUCAAAUGCUAAUUUGCAAGGGAGAAUUAGCUUAAUGCCAUGUGCUUUUAAUGACAGCUAGAGCACGUCCUUAAUUUUGAGUGGGGCUGGGAUGAGGGAGAGCGGCUAUUUGUAUCGUUAUUCCAAAAUCCACCUCAAAAAGAGUGCACUCCAUGCCAGAAGAGAUGCUUUCAGAUCUGUUUGCGGAGAUCCAGGAAACAAAAAGAGUCGUAUGGCAGAGAUUUUGUCAUACCGUGUUUCUCCAGCAAAUCUGCCAGCCUUGGGGUUGUGUUUUGUUUUCCUUUUUCCUUUGUACCUCGGGAAACCAUCCUAACUGCAUCGAGAGAGCAAUCUUAGUGUGCACGGAUGAGGGAGGCAGAAGUCACGCUGGCAUCAAGAGAAACGUUCAGCUUUAUUCCCGGGCUGCUGCAGAAACCUGCUCUCCCGAAUGAAAUUCCUGCUCAUUUUUAUGCCCCUUAGGGCAGCCUGGAGCAGCGCUGCGUCGCUGCUGAAGACGGGAACAGGCGAUGGAGGGAGCGUUUAUUUAAAAAUAAAGCACUGGUUUUCCCCUCCAGCCAGGCAGCCCCUUUAGCCGUCCUGGGAAGCCGGUCCCUUUGCCGGGAUGCCGGCGCAUCGCCCUCGGCUCUCGUUGUUAGCAAGGUGAUGGGACCCGGCGUCGCAGGGGUCCCCGGAGCGGCACGAAUUGCUGGCGGAGACAGUCCCUGCUGCUUUCCUGCAUCCCCGAUGUUUUUCCCCUCCAAAUCCUCACUUAGCCGGGCCAUUCCCAUGGCAGGGCAUCCCGUGAGGGCGGAUACCCGAGCAGCUCCGCUCGGCUCGGCGGCUUGGGAGAGCUCCCAGCCCUGGCCGCAGGCUCCCGCCGGCUCGCAGCAUCCGCCCCAAUUUGAGGGGUGCCCAGCUUGAGAAAACUUGAAAGAAAUCUCUCUUUUGGAGAAAACACACAUCUUUUGAUCCCCAGGAGGUAGAUUUCUCUCUUUCUCAAUUAACAUAAAAAGAUCUAGCUCUUCAGUUUGGGAAUUAAACAGGAUUUUUGCCUAGUGUUAAAAUCUCCUCUCUGGUACCAAGUAAUACUGUAGUGCGAGUCUUUAGCGUAUGGGUCAGGAAUACUUCAGUAUGGGUGUCACAUCUGCAAAUAAAUGAGUUUUUCAGGUAUUUGGUGAUACAUUAAAGUGUGCGAGUGGAUGCAUGGGUAUUAAUUCAUGGCUUUUGUAAUGCCGCCUUGCCCGGGCGUGUAUGCAUACCACGUCUGCUGUUGUGCAGUGGUUUUCUAGCAACGUAUCCGUGCGGAACAGCAGCAUGGAUAACCACGGUGUAAUUGCAUGGCUCGGCCUUCGAGCAGGAACUCGUCUGCAGGGGCUGAGUGCGACCCAGCCUGUUAGCGCGUGUCUGCGACUAGCCCGUGGGCAGAUGUGUCUCGGUGUCCGUGCCGCUGGGGAGCCCGCAUCGGCACAAGGGAAAUCCGGAAACUUUCCCUGCGGCGCAGUCUUUGCGGCUCGAUCCGUGUAGGCAGCUCCCGCGAUUAGCGGUCGCGAGCGAAACUAGCUCACCUGCCGCCGCGAGCGCGCCCGGUCCACGAGGGGUUUUUUUCAGGGCCUUGAGGUACAAGAAGCAAACUGCAGAGCAAAAUAAUGUACGAAUCUUUGAAAGACUGAGUGCCAAAAGUAGCUUUGAAAAGGGUCUUCUUGAUCAUAAUUUUGAGAGGGGAUAACAGUCAGGCCUGUCCCUUGCCUUCCACAGCAGCGGCGGCAUCAGUUGGUGUCUUUACGGCCAAUCUGGGGCCAACGUCCCUGGUCCGGCUGCUGUUUUACUUAUUGCCUCUUGCAAGUUGCAGGUCAGAGAAAUUUGGGGGUCUCAAAAAUGAAGGUCAUGUAGAAAUGUGGCUCGCUCGUGGCUCUGAGCAGCCGCGGGGAGAACGGGGUCCCGGUCCCGGUCCCGUCCCUGCCGCGGCACCGUCGCAAGGCUGGAGCUCAGCUCAGCGCUCGUCCGCGGAGGCACCGUGGCUGCCGCGGGGUCCUGGAGGUGCCUGCAGCUGCGGGAACCAGGCCGGGGAGACAACGCGGGGGGGAUGUCUCUUACUUUGCAUGCGUGAAACACCUGCGCUGCCUUGGUCGCAAUGCAUUUCGCGAAAGGAGGCUCCCGGCUCUGCAGGUCGCGGCUGUGUGUGGCUGAACUGUAAAUAAAUUUGCCUGGUUUGGCCAGUUGCAAUGCUAAUUGCAAUGUUUUGCAAUUGCAAAAACUCAAGGAGCGGGAACGGGUCCCGUAAGAGCAUCUAGACCUCAGCUGCAGCGCGGUGCUUGGGUCGUGCGGUCUGUGAACCACUGGUGAUCGCAAAGGCACGAGGAGCUGGUCUGCGAAAUCUUGCUGAAAACAGCGUUUGACGUUACCAUAAAGAGGUAUUCAUGCUCUUUCGUACAAAUUGGGGGGUAAAAAGGUAGCACAAGUAUUCAAGGAUGAGCUGAGCAGGCGGGGGGGGGGGUAUUCACCAGGUUGUGGGUUAUGGAUUUUUUUGGUAUUCUUUAAGAUCAGGUGAUUCUCAGAUUAAAACCAAUUGAGAAAAUGAAUUUAGAGGGCAGGUGGCAGACUAGCAAAGCCAGGCGUGCCUGCUCACCGCUGGGCUUGCCUAAAAGCAGGUAGCUGCGCCUUGGCAGCAAGGCGGCACUGAGAGCACGGGCCAAACACUCGCGUGUGGACCCGGCUCUCGGCGGGGGUUUCCUCCGCACUCCCAGCCGGGGCCUUUCCCGCGGAUGCGGCUGCGGGAACCUCUGCUUUCCCGCUCCCGUCCCGUCCGGGAGCACCGAGGGCGGCCGCAGGUGCCGUCUCCGUGCGGGGCGCAGCCGCCCUGGUCCCCGCGGGCUGCAGCGAGCCGCAGCCUUCGCCAAAAUCGGCAGCAAAUCACACGUGUGCGAAGCCGUCGCAUGGCUGCGAGUUCUCCUUUGGUGCUGCAGCUGACGCGAGCGUUUCAGACCAGACGCAGCAAAGGUGGGCGCCUCCCCGGCGCACCGAAAUCUCCCGCCUGGGCUGGUGGGUAAGUGGAAAGGAGCAUUUAUGGUCUUAAAGCGAAGCGCCUUGCCUCCAUCUCCCGCGUUUUCCAGCCUUGUUUUUUUAGCUGCUUCGUGUUUCCUGGCUGUUCCGCUAGCAGAGCGCGUGGUGAUCCCAGCUGGAGUCCCAGCCGAGAAGGACGGGUGGGAAUCUGCCUGGGGGGCAGCGGGGGCGAGAUGCCUGUACAGGCGAAAGGAGGAGGGCUGUGGGGCUGCGGUGGCCUCCUGCGGAGGGCACGGUCACGGCAGGGCUGUAAGGCAGGUGGUGGUUUGUCUGUGUACAUAUAUAUAUAUAUAUAUAAUUUUUUUAUAUAUAUGUAUUAAAAAAACACAUAAUUUGGGUACCAAACUUCUCCAUUUUUACCUAGGCACACUUACAAUAUUGCUUGCUGAGCAAAACAGGGGCAAGAACUUCUCUUCUGGCCCAGAGCGUCCUCCAGCAGACGGUGCUUUGAGCAGGACGUUGCGUGAGCUUGGAAGGGCCCUUCCGACCUGGAUUAACCCAAACUAUCCCGUGACCUUACUAGUUCCCUGUUACUCCAAAUGCAGCUUUCUGCAGGGUGAGGGAAAGGGAGGAGCUGGGGAGUCGGUCAUUGCCUUUCCCACCCGUAUCAACCUUCCCUUCCCCAAAUAAAGGUCAUUCAUGCUUCGAGUUGCUGCGGGCAGAGGCACAGUCCCUCGCACGACGACCACGAGACUUCGGUAGCACUCGAAGCAUUCAAAAGCAAAAAAAGGUGUAAACUGAAGAACAAACUGCAACCGUUCGGGAUCCAAUUCUGAUGCUCCGUGCCGUAAUUUUGCUGCUGUGUAUCUGAUUUAUAUGCCUGUUCUGUUAGUAUUUAAGUCUCCUGUUCUACUUGAUGUUAAAUCUAUCAACCUGUACGUACUCUGCUAGGGUUCGAGCAUGGUGUAUAUGCACUCGGCAUCGUAAUGGCACGUGGCCGUUACCCUGUAAAUAUGUACCAUUAAUAGAGAGGCUAUUUUUUGCAUGCUUUUGUACUCUAGAACUGAAAAGACAAUGACAAUAAAGUCCACAGAAACGAG